CUUCAACAUUAUAAAAAGCUUCCUCCUUGGAUGCGUCUUAUUUGCUAACCUUGAGGAGAGGUUGGCUCCUUCUUGUAGUUAGGAUUGUGAGAGGUAACUUACAGACUACCCGUCUUAAGAAGUAGAGACUGUCAGGCAGUAAAUGUGUUGCCGUAAUAUACAGUUAGCUUUGUAGCUCUGCAGCUCGCUAAAACAGAGCGGCCAAGCUAGUGCGAGCUAACAGCAGCUACUGAGGAGACCCCGUAACAUUCAACGUUGGAGAGCUAACAUUACAGUCAUGAAGGAACACAGUUAAAAGCGACAGUUGUCAUGACAUGUUGCUACGUAGCAUCGUAAUCUAACAGCAAGUCUGUAGAGACACUCAAGUAACAUUACAAGCUUCAGAGGAAGAUGAACACAUCCAUCCCAUGGUUCCCUAUGAAUCUCCCCUGGAGUGGGAGGGUGUUUUGAGAAAGGAGAGGCACGCAAGGAGAUUAUAAACAAGAGUCAUGAAUCUCCAUCAGGUCCUCACAGGGGCCGUCAACCCUGGAGACAAUUGUUUCUCUGUAGGGAACGUCAACAAUGUGCCAUUCACGGCCUAUGCGUCAGGUUGUGACGUGGUGAUUUUGGGCAGUGACUUUGAGCGACUGCAGAUCAUCCCGGGAGCCAAACAUGGAAACAUCCAGGUCGGAUGUGUUGACUGUUCACUGCAGGGCGGACAGAUUGCAGCUUCCUAUGGAAGCAUCGUUUGUGUCUUUGAGCCUGUUCAGCACCCAUGUCAAAAAGACACAUCUCAAACUAAGUUGAACUGCCAAUGGCAGAAGACUGGUCAAUUUGUAUUGCAGUCUAUGGUACGAAACCUGGCCUGGCAUCCCACAGGCAGCACUCUUUUAACUGGCUCUACAAGCCUCCAGUUGUGGUCUCAUGUUGAUGGAGUGAUAGAUGAAGCUGAAGAAGGAGGCAAGCAGACAGAAAUGACCAUGAGAGACUCUCAGUCUGCCUGGAGGUGUAUCUGGCAGAGCAAGACGGCCUCUCCGGUCACUUUAAUUAAGUUCUCUCCUGACGGGGAAUUCUUUGCUACAGCUGGACAGGAUGAUUGCCUCGUAAAGGUCUGGUACAGCACCAGUAAGUGGAAGUCAGGAGUUUCCAGACUCUUUAAACCUCCAGAGGCCUGUGUUGACGUCCAGGGAGAGCUGGCCUUUUCCUUUAUCUACCUGGCCCAUCCCCGUUCUGUCACUGGCUUCUCCUGGAGGAAAACCAGCAAGUACAUGCCACGAGGGACGGUUUGUAAUGUUCUGCUCACCUGCUGUAAGGACAGUGUGUGUCGCCUCUGGGCUGAGACGCUGUUGCCAGGAGACAGCCUCCUGUCUGGUCACAAUAACAAUCAUGCUAGCCAACGCAGUGACUCACACAGAUGUGCUGACCCUUCUAGGAAAAACACCUGCAAUGGGAAGAUGCAAGGACGAACAACACAGGAAUUGAAUUUCCAGGACUCACUGCAAGCGUCCUUGUGUCGGGAUGUGCCCAUGCCCUCCCUCACUGGCUGCCUGCCUCAGCAUCAGAGCCGACACUACAAGCACAAGAGAGUCAGCAGCCAUAUGCCCCAUGCCAACGCUCUCUGCCACUUCCACAUUGCUGCCAGCAUCAACCCUGCCACUGACAUUCCUCUGCUGCCCUCAAUCUCCUCUCUGAGUGGUGUCGAUGACGAGGAAGCUGGAGGUCCUUUCACUGUCCACUGGCUCAACAACAAAGAGCUUCAUUUCACAUUAGCUAUGGAAGUCUUCCUGCAGCAAGUCCGAGGCAGCAUGGAGCAACAGAGCGAAGUCUCCAAUGAAGAACCUGAAGAUGAAGAUAACUUUGAUGAAGACGAUCAUGGUAGCAGGCCAGAUGACGAUCAGGGACCGGAUGCCGUGGAGCUUCCUCUGGCCGCGGUGAAGCACCAGGUGGACGUGCUGCUGGAGGAGUGGAAUAAAGGGGCAGACAUGUUGUUCAGUAUCCAUCCCAUGGACGGCUCCUUGUUAGUCUGGCAUGUGGACUGGUUAGAUGAAUACCAGCCAGGCAUGUUCAGACAAACUCAGGUGUCGUUUGUGUCCCGUAUCCCUGUAGCGUUCCCUACAGGAGAUGCAAUCUCCCUCAGCCACAGUGUGGUCAUGUAUGCCUGCAACAAGAAUGUGGAUCUGGCAAUCCAACAUGGCAGACAGAGACCGCCUGGGAGCACAUUGCCUCAAGCCAAAUCUGCUCUAAUAAGCUACGGAGGUCAAGGAAAAGCUGCACCCAGCAGUAGUCUUCGUCUGAGCAUUUUUACCCCCAACGUCCUUAUGAUCUCCAAACAUGCCGAUGGCUCCCUGAACCAGUGGGCCGUUAGCUUUGCAGAGGAUUCUGCUUUCUCCACUGUGCUCAGCGUCUCGCACAAGUCACGGUACUGUGGUCACCGCUUCCACCUCAAUGACCUGGCCUGUCACUCAGUGCUCCCUCUCCUCCUCACCACCUCACACCACAACGCCUUGAAGACACCCGAUGUAGACAGCAUCCUGGCUGCUCCAGAGGCCUGCCCCUCUGGUUUCCCUCAUUCAACAUCUUUACCCCAUCAGUCAAGGUCCAGCAGAGGGUCCCUGGGUGUUGUAUCCCAGGAUCCCAAUGCCAUCUACAGUGAGCUGAUUUUAUGGAGAGUGGACCCUGUGGGCCCACUGUCUUUUUCCGGUGGGGUUUCUGAACUAGCUCGGAUUAAUUCUCUCCACGCAUCAGCCUUUGCUAAUGUAGCCUGGCUGCCCACUCUCAUUCCAAGCAGCUGUUUAGGUGCAUACUGUAACUCUCCCAGCGCAUGCUUUGUGGCAAGUGACGGCCACUCACUCAGGCUGUAUCAGGCUGUUAUUGAAGCAAAGAAACUCCUGAGUGAGCUUUCCAACCCGGAGAUAUCAAAAUAUGUUGGGGAGGUCUUCAACAUCAUCAGUCAGCAAUCUACAGCUAAACCUGGGUGUAUAAUAGAGCUUGAUGCCAUCACUGGAUUUCAGGGGAAGGAGACCCAGCUCCUGCAUGUUUUUGAGGAGGAUCUGAUCCUCGGCAGUGAGAGAACAGAGAGCAAAUGGGAAACUCCUGAUCUUCCUAAUACUGGAUCUUGUGAGCCAGCCUUCUCAGCACGUUUUUUCCUUGUGGUGGUUGAAUUGACCCCGACAGGCCGCUCACUCCUCCACAUGUGGCAUCUCUAUAUUGCUGCUCUCCCCGUCACCAUGGAUGAGACCUCGUCAGAGACUAAUGCCACGCCAGCUUCUCCUUUGAACAGCUCCAGGUUUAGCUAUGACAUGUCCACUUCCCCAGUAGCUCAGAAAAGUAAACCCUGCACUUCCAAUCUGCAGAGCGCCUGCCGCCUUAGCCUCACAACUCACAAGCUGUACAGCAAAGAGAUGACUCUGCCUGAGGGAGUGGAAGCCAUCAGAGUUACACCCUCAGCAGGUCACCUGAGCGCGUCAUGUUCUCUGCCAGCCGGCCGUGUGCCUUACCUCCUUGCUACUUCCUGUUCUGACGGAACUGUCCGCUUCUGGCGAUGUAAUGUCAGUUCACCGAAGCCUUCUGGUGUAAAGGACUUGGUGUACCAGUGGGAGGAGUGGCCUCUUCUGGUGGAGGAGGGGCUUCCUAACAGCAGCGCAGUGAGCGUGCACGGUCGCCCCGUGGAGGUCAGCUGCUGCCACACGGGACAGAUUGCAGUUGCUUACAGGCAGACUCCAAACACCCCUCUGAGCUCAACACCUUAUCUGAACUCUCACGCACUGUUGACUUCUCCUCCCUCUCUAUCCUCCACCCCUUAUUUGCAUUACAACAACAACACCCACCUGACGCCAACCCUGACUGUACAACGCAGCCAUAACCUCACUCCAUGUCCCAACCCAGCAAAAGCUAGAGAACCAUCGUUCCACAUCACCAUCUUUCAGUGUGAGUCUACAGCAGGCUCACAGUGGAUUUUGGAUCAGACCUUAGUCCUGGACAGCAUAGAUGGAAUGGGUAGCAGCAUAAGUAACACAGACUUCUCUAAUGAGAACUGUCCUGGCUCUAGUAAUAAGAGCCUGGUUCAUUUGGACUGGGUCUCACAGGAAAAUGGCUCACAUGUUCUCACUGUUGGUAUUGGGACGAAGAUUUAUAUGUACGGUCGUCUCUCUGGGAAACCUCCAGAACUGGGCCUGUCAUCUGACGCCAGUAGAGACCAGCGCUCAUCCCGCUUGGUUCUGCUGCGGUCAGUCGAUCUGGUCUCCUCUGUUGAAGGCUCCUUACCUAUUCCAGUCUCCCUCUCCUGGGUCCGAGAUGGCAUCUUGGUUGUUGGCAUGGACUGUGAGAUGCACGUAUACUCACAGUGGCAACCCCCAACACCGCCAAAACCCAACACCACAACCGGCCAAGACACAGACAUCAGCAGCAGCGUGUCCUCCAUAAUCUCAGCAGUCAGACAGAGCCAGGAAGACGCCUUCAGUAACGGGGCCCCCAUGUCUUUGCUUGCCCCUCCCAAAAAGGCCCUGACCAGAUCGAUGAUGAGCCUGGCUCAGAAACUCAGCGGGAAGAGAACAGCUUACGACCUGCCGGUAGAGAUGGAAGACUCGGGGCUUUUCGAAGCGGCUCACCAACUCUUUCCCACGCUGCCUCAGUACCAUCCUGUACAGUUACUUGAGCUCAUGGAUCUAGGAAAGGUUUAUCGUGCCAAGGCCAUCCUGUCCCAUCUUGUGAAAUGCAUUGCUGGGGAAAUUGUGACACUUAAAGACAGUACCACCAACCCAGAGAAACGGGUGCGCUCUCGAACUAUCAGUGCCGGAGGCUGUACAGCCAGGGACCGCAAGAUGUUCAACAAAGCAGGGAACUCUACCCCUGACUACACGGAGAUCAGCUCCAUCCCUCCUCUGCCUCUGUACUCUCUCCUGGCUGCUGAUGAGGACACAUUAAAAAAACCUGAUAAAGUGGGCAGUGUGAGUGGAGAUAGUGGGCAUGGUUCCAGUCACACCGAUGCUUACGAUGAGCUCUUUCAAACUCCCAGCAUGGCGGACCUGGACCCUCUGGAUAAUGAUCAGGAGGAAGCAGGAAACAAGGUUAUUGACCUGUCCCAGUACAGUCCAACAUACUUUGGUCCAGAACAUGCACAGGUUUUGUCCAGUCACCUCCUUCAUUCCAGUUUGCCAGGCUUAACCAGCUUGGAGCAGAUGUCUUUGAUGGCGUUGGCUGACACUAUCGCCACCACAAGCACUGACUUCAAGGACAGCCAAGGCACCAGCAAAGGUGGAGAGACACUGGAUGAGUGUGGUCUGAAGUUUUUGCUGGCCGUCAGACUCCAUACCUUUCUCUCUACCUCCCUGCCUCCAGCUCACAGAGUGCAGCUUCUACGACAAGGCCUGUCGACGUGUCAUUAUGCCUGGGCCUUUCACUCUGAAGCCGAGGAGGAGCUGCUGAACAUGCUGCCUGCUUUACAGAAAGGAGAGCCCACCUGGCCAGAGCUGCGCUCCAUGGGUGUAGGCUGGUGGCUACGCAGCACCAACAAGCUACGCAGGUGUAUUGAGAAGGUUGCCAGGGCUUCAUUAAUGAAGAACAACGAUCCUCUGGAUGCAGCUAUUUUUUACCUCGCUAUGAAAAAGAAGGCGGUGGUCUGGGGAUUGUACAGGUCUCAGAAGAACGCCAAAAUGACAGAAUUCUUCCGAAACAACUUCAGUGAGGACCGGUGGAGGAAAGCAGCCCUGAAAAAUGCCUUUUCUCUGCUGGGGAAGCAGCGGUUCCAGCAUUCUGCAGCCUUCUUUCUCCUAGCCGGCUCCCUAAAGGAUGCUGUUGAGGUGUGUAUAGAGAAAAUGCAGGAUUUGCAGCUGGCCCUGGUGAUCUCCAGGUUGUAUGAGUCUGAGUUUGAGACUGGAUCCACCUACAAAAAGAUCCUCCAGAGACAUGUGCUGGGACAAGACAAACAGAUUCAAGCCAACCAGGACCCGUUCCUGCGUAGCAUGGCUCACUGGGUCCUGGAGGACUACAGCAAAGCCUUGGACACUCUACUCGAGCAGCCUGCUAACAGCACCAGCUCUGGGUCCACUGAGACCAAAUGUGACACUGGUUCCUCUCCUGUGUCUACAUGUAACCCUGAGGUUUUCAACUUUUACACCUACCUUCGUACCCAUCCGCUCCUCCUUCGCCGGCACUUAGGCUCCUCAGAAAAGGCUAAAGUUGGACUAACUGCUGAAGGUCGCAGGGCUGACUCUAUUAGCCUAGAGGAGAGAAGGCUGUUUUUCACAGCUGCAUAUGCACACCUGCAAGCUGGCUGUCCAAUGCUAGCACUUGAAGUCCUCUCCAAGAUGCCCAAAGUCCGCAAGCAUUCCCAAAACAUCAAACAGGAGGACACAGGUAUCGCUGCGGAACUAAGUAUCGGGAGCAAGACUGGUCAUGCAUCCGAUCACGAUUGGUCUCAGACAGCUCUGAACGGCUACGAGUCCGAUGGAAACAGCUUAUCCAACAGCCAGUCAGAUUCAGUGUUAAGCUUUGAUUGGAGCCAGCCAUCAAUGUCACUUCCAGAUGAGUCCCUGGAGCUCAAGUGGGACACUGACAAAGAUGAUGAGGAAGAUGAUGAAGAAGAAACUAAAAAUGGUGAAACUGGCAGAACUGCAGACAGCAGCAGUGUGUUUCAGGACACGCAAGAUGCCAUGUACCCCCUAAUGGAGACAGUGACUGAUGAGGACAGUGAGGACAGCAAUGACUUCAUAGCACCAUCUGAUGACAUCUUGGCCGCCCAGCUGAAGUUUACGGCCUGCUUGAAGAUUUUGACCAAUGAGCUCCGGACGCUUUCGACAGGUUAUGAACUGGAAGGAGGGAAGCUACGUUAUCAGCUUUGCCAGUGGUUGGAGAAAGAGGUGGUAGCUCUGCAGCGUUGCUGCAGCUACAAGCCCUGCCUGCCAGAGCUGUCAGUCCAGGCUGAUGCUCCUGUUUCUGGGUUGGUGGAGGAGGAACAGGCGGGGAGUUGUCGUGGUGGCAGCCAGAAGUGCAGGAGACACUGGCUGCAGAGUAACCAGCCCUUACUGAGGAUGUUUCUCAGCUACUGCAGCUUGCAUGGCUCACAUGGGGGAGGACUGGCCUCUGUUCGCAUGGAGCUCAUAUUGUUGCUUCAAGAGUCUCACCAGGAUGACUCCAUCCAAACAGCUGUGACGCCAUGUUCCCAACCAACAUCUAUCCCUCUCCUGAUGGCGUGCACAGCUAACCUGAAGACGGUGGUGGCCAAUCCCAUUAUCUACCUGACCAACCUUUCCCAUGAUAUCCUGCAGACCAUAAAUUCUUUCGAUUCUCCUCCACAUCCUGAUGUCAUCAUCAAUGAGAUCUAUGUGCUGCACACCCUGGCUGCCUCCUUGUCAGCCUGUAUAUACCAGUGUUUGUGUGAUGGACACACCCACAGCCAUGUGAACGAUUUCACAGGAACCGUGUAUCAGAGUGUUCUGCUGUCUCAGAAGCAGCCGAUAAGAACGCUCAGCAUGGAUGAGUCUGUUCAGCCCAACACCUCUCCUGCACAGUGGCCAGGUAUCGCGUCUCUGUUUCGCCUGUUGAGCUCAGCAGGUGAAGAGAGCCAGCCAGGCUUAGCUAUGUUGCUCUGUGAGAUCCUCACCGCCGUCUUCCUCAGUCUGUUUGUGCACGGCUUGGCCACCCACUCCAGCAAUGAGCUGUUCCGCAUUGUGGCCCACCCGCUCAACAGCAAGCUUUGGUCGACGGUGUUUGGAGGGUGCGCCCGGAUACCUGUCAUCGAGAAACCCACCAGCCCAACAAGAACACCUCCACAAGCCUCACCAAGCGGCUCUGACAAGAAGCCCAGACGAUUCAGACUGCGGUCAUCCCGCAGUGGAUCAAAAGAGGAGUCAGGGAUAGAGCAUGAGGGACCAUCUAGUCCAAGGCAUGUCCCUGUGGUGGAACAAGAAUCUCCCUCCAUCUUUAAAGAAAGAUUUGUACCUCCAGAUCUCAGCAUUUGGGAUUACUUUAUUGCCAAGCCUUCCCUGCCACCAUCAGAAAGCAGGAUUGAAUACGACUCAGAGGAGAGCCAGGGCAGUCAAGAUGAAGAUGAUGAAUUUGAAGAUGUGUUCGACCCCAACUCUCCUCAAAGAGAGCAUUCAAACCACAAUUCAUACAGCUGGUGUUUGAUGCGCCUGGCUAUGGUUCAGCUGGUGUUGGUCAACCUCAAAUCCUUUUACCCAAUGGCAGGAUAUGAUCUAUUAGAUCUGCCUGUGGGCUCUCCCCUGUGUCACGCUGUGCUGAAGACACUGCAGCGCUGGGAGCAGGUGCUGCAGAAAAGGCUGGAGAUUUUCGGGGGGCCCCCAACCAAGUACAUCUCCACCCACCUCAAUGACGAAGCAGUCGCGCCCGGUCCCGCCCUGCUCAGGCACAAAGCCCUAUUUGAACCGUCCAACACACCAUUCAGGACCAGCCACCCUUCAGCGCUGCCAGUGAAGCGUCUGUGGCAGUAUCUGGUCAAGCAGGAAGUAGUGCAGGAGACUUUCAUUAGGAACAUCUUCACAAAGAAACGGGACCCCAAUGAGUCGGGUGAGGACCAGACUGACAGUAUGAAAUGUUCAGGGAUGGAGGAGACAGGAAACCAUCAGACUGAGUCAGAUCUGGGCAGCCCCGGAGGAAAGGCACGCAUCAUCCACAAGGAGUCUGACAUCAUCACAGCCUUCGCCAUCAACAAGGCAAAUCGUAAUUGUUUAGUCAUGGCCUCCACCCAUGACAUUCAGGAGUUGGAUGUGUCAUCCAUCUUGGCCACACAGAUCCUGACAUGGAUCGAUGAUGAUGAUGCUGAAGCCAAAGGUGUUGGUGGGGAUGACUUCCUGGUGAUCCAUGCACGUGAUGAUUGCUCCGCCCUGCAGGGCACCACACCGUACACUCACAGCAGCCUGGGCACACCCAUCAACAUGCCGUGGCUGGGAGGUCUGCAGACGGGCCGGGGUGCAUCUGUGAUGAUCAAGAGAAAUAUCAACAAUGUGAGAAGAAUGACCUCCCAUCCCACACUGCCCUACUAUCUGACCGGAGCUCAGGAUGGGAGUGUGAGGAUGUUCGAGUGGGGUCACUCCCAGCAGAUCAUCUGCUUCAGAAGUCCAGGAAACUCCAGAGUCACCAGGAUACGGUUCAACCACCAGGGAAACAAGUUUGGUAUCGUAGACGCUGAUGGAGGUUUGAGUCUUUGGCAGACCAACACAAGCGGGAAUGCACCCAAACCGUACCUGACGCUGCAGUGCCACAACAAGACAGCUCACGACUUUGUCUUCGUGGGCUCCUCCUCCCUCAUUGCCACUGCGGGUCUUUCAACAGACAACAGAAACGUGUGUCUGUGGGACACUCUGGUGACUCCUGGAAACAGUCUUGUACAUGCUUUCUGCUGCCAUGAGUCCGGCGCCACCGUUCUCUCGAUGGCUCCCAGGCAGCAGCUCCUCAUCACAGGAGGGAGGAAAGGCUGGAUCAGCGUCCUGGAGCUUCCCCACAGGCUGCAGCGGCAGACCUUCCAGGCCCACGACUCGCCGGUCAAAGCCCUGGCUGUUGAUCCCACAGAGGACUGCUUUAUCAGUGGAUCAUCUGAAGGCAACAUUAAGGUUUGGAGCAUGGCCACACAGUCUCCGCUCUACAACUUUCCUAACGAACACGCUCGCCAGUCGCUCUUCAGGAACCUCGGCACGGGCGUCAUGCAGAUCGAGGUGGGACCAGCCAAUCACAUCUUCUCCUGCGGGGCCGACGGGACCAUGAAGAUGCGGAUCCUCCCUAACCGCUACAGUGUUGUCAACCACAACAACAACAACCACAGCAACCUCAAGAACGAUGUCAAGUACAUCAUAUAGAAAGACAGACAUAAGGUGUUGAAACAGUUUCAUAAUGUGAAGGGCAGUUUAUGAAGGGGCAAAGUUUCUUAGCGCAGGAAAUACCUGACUGGAGAUGUGGUCAUCAUGGGUUGACUUUUUUUUUUUGGGGGGGGGGGGGGGGGGGGGGGGGUGAUGCCGUGACAGAACAACAAUGUGAAGUGUUAUCAAACUGUUAAUGAAGGAGUUAAAGAUCUAAGAGCGUGUGAUAAGAUCCAAGGGUCCAAAAGUGAUCACAUCUGCCGUGCUUUGAGGGGGACACAAACUUUAAAGCAGACCAAACACAGGAGAGCCUCUUCAAGUGUUUUAAACUAUGGUGAAAGGCGCAGUGGGAACAGGGUAACGACUGAUGGCACAGUCCAUCAGAAUAAACUGAAAGAGACACAAAAACCCAACUGGGGAUUCUCUCAAACAAACUCAGUGUUUUUGUUUUUGCACAGAAAGCGAAGCUGCAGAACAGUGAGGAGUCUGUGGCUUUUCUCUUCUAAAGAAACACCACUUAGUUCAUAUUCCUUGAAGCCGUCGUGUUGGUGAAAGCUCUUGUGGAGUCACGGCUGGAAUUUUCAGGUGAUGAAACAAAGGAGGCUGUGCAUGCAGCGACUCGUAAAGGGACAAUAAGAAAUACCUGCAGAGUUUUGAACGCACCACAGGACAAUGCAACAUACUUGAGCCCGCUCAUCACAAAGCAGUAAGGCCAGUUAGCAUCGUACAAAGCACAGCGUACCCCGUCACAAGGACUUGCAGCACAUACUGGUGGUCUUCAUCUGUGGUUGGAAGAAGCAGAGGACCACACUUUAGAAAUCACAGGAGGUUAGAUUCAUAUCAGCGUUAUGUUUCAGGUCCAGUUUCAUAGUUAGUCUGAGGCCCUUAGCCAGCCUGACUUAAAAUGAACACAGCACACUUAGAUCUCACACAGGUAAAAGGAUAAAUACAACAUAUUCUUUAAACUUUAAGGCAAUAGUUCAGUUAUUUUUGCUUUCAGGUGGAGACGCUGUGUGAGAAAAGGUGCCCUCAUGUUUGUCUCUUGAAAGUGAAGUAGGAGGCAGCAGCUGGCUAGCUCAGCUCCAAGACUAAACAAACAGAGCCAGCUGUUUUGAGUCCAAGCUAAGCUAACCGGCUGCUGGCUGAGGCUUCACAGUUAUCAGGCUGGUAGAGGAGGGAUGUCACUCGCCGCGUCGAACUCUCCAAUAGAAAGCAAAAAAAAGGGGAAAACUUCCCACUAAAUUUAUUUAGAAAUGUUCCUUUAAUCGAGCUUGUUGGAAUUGUUGACGUGAAUAGACGUUUGUGCCCAACAUUUUCUCCGAUUUCUACCUGAACGCACCAUAUCUCUCACUCUAUUUGCACAUAAACAUUAAGCUAAAUGAUAUGUAGAGUAAUGCAUAUAACUAUAGGAGGCUGGAUGGAGGUAAAACAGUCAACACAUUUUGUAAUAAGAUAAGUGAAUAGAUUUAACCAGUGGUGGUAUUAUUGAUGUUAAGUGUCCUUAAUCUUUAAAAUAAACUAACUUCUGCCAGUACUGAAGUACUGUUAGUCCUGAUUCUAUUGAUUAUUGAUACUAAGUUGCACAAAUUAAGCUCUAGUUGAUAUGGGACACCAUAAAUAAUACCUUUCUCUGUCCGUGUAGUGUUUUUCUGAGCUGUAUAGUAAUAAGAAGCUUCAGGACAUGUAGCGGGAAACUUUGCUCUUGACAAUGGAAUAGGGGGAUUUGGGGUUGGGGCGGUUGUACAAAUUUUAAUGGAUACUCUUAUUUUGUUGCGGAAACGUUUUAUUCCAGUAACAACGCACUUCCAUUUCAUGAACUCUGAACUGUAGAGUCACCUUCCAUAUGCACCAUGGUUUAAAACCAAGCCUUUGAGAUAAUAUCGUUUGCCUUGCUGUUCUCUUAAUUUGACAUUGCAGGCUUGCUCUUUUUUGCAAUAAUCAUAGUAAUUAAACAAUUUUUUCUUUUUUUUUCUUUACAUAUCAUCCAAAUGUAGCACAAUGCCUUCAGUUGAUGCUUGAACACUGUAUUCUUGGUUGGUGUGCAGAAUGAUUCGUCUUCCACAAUAAUAAGGAGGGCGUUCAUUCAAAGUAUAAAAGUUGAGUCUGAAGGAGGUUAAUCUGUUCAGCUAGAAAACCCAUAGAGCCACGGCGUGCGGCUGUAGGAAAAGAAAGGAACCUCAGCUUUGAUUUGAGGAGAGAAACUGAGGAAAAGCUUUCAGAUGAAGCAGCUUUAUCACAAUGAUGUGUGUGUGUAUAUUUAUAUAAAUCAUAGACUAACUUCUCACAGUGACUGAAUAAUCAGAACGAGUAGUUGCAGAUGAACAGUUGGUAACCACGAAAGCCACUUUAUGAAGAAUAUUCUGUGUACAAAUCAAGGUGUAUGUUUGAAAGAAGUUCAUAUAUUGGAUUAUAGACUGAUGACGAGGCGGGAUUCAUCUCAUCUCAUCUGCUUUUUUUUUCCCCUCUUAAAGUUUUGUUUUUUCUCAUGUUUUUCCUGAGGUUUGCUUGAAAAGCCACUUUCUUUGUUUCCACCACAAAUCAAAGUGGAACAUUCUGUGUACAUCUGCAGGAAUUUUAGAAUAAAAUCAUUUUUUCAAAUUCAAACGUAUUUACUUCUACAGAAACCGGGGGGACAAACACACAUUUUCUCGAAGCAACCGCUUCAAAAAACAAAACAAACAAAAAAGACAUGCCGUGGAACAAUUGUUUUUAACAGCAUUAGUGUGUCAGAGUGCAGUUAACACGAGCAGAUGCUUAAUCCAAAUGAACAAAAUCAUUCACAUUCAGCUAUUCCUUUCUUCCCUCUGGAAUCUUGCAAAUGUGAAUUUGAUCAGAUAAGUCUAAUUUUAUAAUGAAGAUAUCGUGUAAAUCCAUGUAUUAUAUACAGAACAUGUAAUGAUGUAAUAAAAGAUGAUGUAACGAG